GACCUCAUCCGAGAGUACCACGACGUUUUCCCAUCGUCGUUCUCGUACGCCGGCAUCCCACCGAUGCGUGACAUCGAGCACUCCAUUCAGCUUAUGCCUGACUAUCGUGUUCACCACCAGGCACCCUACAGACUCUCGAUUCCCGAGGCCACCGAACUCAAGGGUCAGCUUGAGGAGCUCCUGAGACUGGGUUUCAUUAAACCCAGCAACUCCCCGUGGGGUGCACCCGUCCUCUUUGCUCGCAAAGCGGAUGGAACUCUUCGUCUCUGCAUCGACUACCGCGGCCUCAACCGCUACACGGUUAAGAACAGCUACCCCAUGACUCGUUCCGAUGAGCUGUUCGACYGCCUAGCAGGCAACCGCUUCUUUACGAAGAUUGAUCUUCGUAGCGGUUACCAUCAGAUCCGCGUCGCUGCAGCCGACCAGCCGAAGACAACGUUCCGAUCGCGCUUCAUCCACUACGAGUUUACGGUGAUGUCAUUCGGCCUUACCAAUGCACCCGCCACUUUCCAGAGGGCGAUGAACGACAUCUUCGGGGACAUCCUGGAGCAGUACGUUCUCGUCUACCUCGACGAUAUCCUGGUCUACAGUCGUACCCUUGAGGAGCACCUCAGACACCUCUGCGACGUCCUUGACCGCUUGCGCAGACAUGGCUUCUACGCCAAGCUGAGCAAGUGCCGCUUUGCCCAGCACAAAGUGGAUUUCUUUGGACACUACGUGUCUGACCAGGGUCUCCACAUGGACGACGCGAAGAUCACUGCUAUUGCGGAGUGGCCCGGCCCCACAUCCACCAAGCAGCUUCGCAGCUUCCUAGGCCUGACCAGCUUCUAUAGUAACUUCAUCCGGGGAUACGCUAGGUAUUCCUACGUCCUUACCUCCACCCUCCUCCGGAAGAACCCACCCUGGGCUUGGACACCCCUCCACGAGGACGCCUUCCGCGCCCUCAAGAAAGCGGUGACAUGCGCACCGGUUCUUCACCUACCCGAUUUUGACCGCCAUUUUAUCCUUACCACCGAUGCGUCAGACUUCGUUGUAGGAGCAACGCUUUCUAAGGUUUUUCCCUCCUCUCCUGAUUUCUCUCAUCCUCGUAUCCCUCGCUUCCCACCACUUACCCCUACCACAGUUUCCCGACUGACGCGUACUCGUCCAGCUACUGACGAGCCUUUUAUUGACUAUUCUCCGACCAUCGCCGAGGACGACACUUUCGAGUCUCGCUCCGGUGAUUGUCCGAUAGCCUUCUACUCCCGUCAGCUCCUGCCCGCCGAGAUAAACUACACCGCUGAUGAACGUGAGCUACGUGUCCGAGCAGUAGCAGAGUUCCAUGACCAGGCAGCUGUCGGUCAUAKGGGCUUCCACAAGACGUUGGCUCGUGUGAGCCGCCUGUACGUCUGGCCGAAGCGCAAGGACUUUGUGAAGGACUACGUCGCAGAGUGUCCGACCUGUCAGGAGGUGAACAGUGCGAACCACUUGCCUUAUGAUUUGCCCCAGCCUCUUCCUAUCUCUGAGGGUCGUUGGCAGUCUAUCUCGAUGGACUUUAUCGGUCCUCUUCGUCCUCCGACCCCUCGCGGUCAUGAUGCUAUCCUGGUCGUCGUCGACCGCUUCACGAAGCAUGCACGCUUUGUUCCGUGCCGCUAUGCCAUAAAUGCACGUGAGGUCGCUGACAUCAAGUUCGACCGAGUCGUGCGUGACCACGACUUACCUCUAAGCAUCAUAUCUGACCGUGAACCGCGCUUUACAAGCCGAUUCUGGCGACGGCUCCACGAGGUAUACGGCACUCAGCUCCGCUUCUCCUCGUCUUACCAUCCUCAGACUGAUGGUCAGACCAAUAUCACGAACACGACUCCCGGAGAUAUUCUUCGAAAGAUUGUUCGUGACGACCAGCAGUGGGAUCUUCAUCUUGCCCAUGCGGAGAUAGCCUACAACCACGCCGUCUCGCCAGCCAUGCGGAUGUCGCCUUACUAUUGCGACCUCCACUAUCACCCUCGUGUUCCCGCGGACUUCCUUGGACCGUCCCAGAUGCACCCUGACACGAGUUGUCCCGCGCUGGAUGAUUGGGUUGUACACAUUACGUCGAUUAUGAAGACCGCACAUGAGCACAUAGCCGCUUCCCAGACUCGCAUGGCAGCACGUGCGAACCGAUCGAGAAUGGAUCAUCCAUUCAAAGUCGGUGAUGAUGUGCUUAUCGAUGCCCGCCACUUACAGCUCGAAGCGGACACGCUUCGCAAGUUUCGGCGUCGCUUCUUUGGCCCAUGCCGCGUCCUCCAGGCCGUCGGUUCUGAUACGGCAUCUAACCCGAUCAGCUUUCGUGUGAAGCUGCCCGACUACCUACGCCAGGCUCGUGUACAUGAUGUCUACCACGUCUCGUUACUGCGUCCUUACCACAGACCGUCUGAGCGUUUCGCUGGACGACCAUAUGAGCGCCCUCCACCCAUCAUGGUGGACGGUCACGAGGAGUUCCUCGUUUCAAACAUCAUUGGUCGCCGAGUCACCGACGACGACCCUCCCCACGUCGAGUAUCUCGUACGUUGGAAGGGUUACCCUGAUGAGGAGGCUACCUGGGAGCCCCUCGAGCACUUGCAGCACGCUCGCAUGUUGGUGCGUGCCUAUGACCGUGCUCGUCGUGCURGGUUCACUGCUCCUCCUCAGCCCACUGACCCUCCUSCUUCUCCUCCGGCUGAGGAGACCGCURAAGUYGAGCCUGCUCCAUCUGAGGYAGACCUUCAGCAGCAGCCGGAUGCUUCUGAGCGUCCACAGCGCACUCGUCGUCGUCCUGCUCGAUACGACGAUUGACUCUGACUUACCUUCCCACGUCUUUGAUUUCUCAGUACUCCAUCC